GUCCAGAUUUUUGGGGCCGCCUAAACCCAAAGUGGUCUCACUGCUCCAAAGGCCACCGCCAGUCGCCAAUUGACAUUGCCACCAAGUACAUUCUCUACGACCCUAACCUGGAGCCGGUGCGCAUCAGCGGCGAUUUCGUGAAGGGUCAGCUGAUAAACACGGGUCGUGGCAUUUCCCUGGCCAUUAACACCGACAAACCGGUGACAGUGACUGACGGCCCCUUCAGCUACACCUACACCCUCUCCAACCUCAGUCUGCACUUUGGCAGGGAAAACAGUCGCGGCUCGGAGCACACCAUCGAUGAGAUGCAAUUUCCCGGAGAGCUUCAGCUGUACGCCUACAACUCGCAGCUGUACGCCAACUGGACGGAGGCAAAGAAAGAACCAAACGGCAUUGCCGCCAUCUCCGUCUUCAUAGUACUGGCCAAGAGCUCCAAUCAGGCCAAUCCAGCGCUGAAGCACAUCACCAACUCGCUUAAAAACAUUACCCGGCGUGGUCAAAGCUACAGCAUCGAGGGUAUAUCGGUGCUAGAGCUGCUGCCCACUCUAAAGCAGUACGUCACCUACGAGGGCUCGCUGACGCAACCUGCCUGUCACGAGACCGUUCAGUGGGUCAUUCUCAACCGGCCCAUCUACAUCUCCGCCUAUCAGUUUCACAUGUUGCGGCACUCGCUGAAGGGCGACGGACACCAGGACAACUUUCGGCCGACGCAACCGCUCAACAAGCGACCACUGCGCGCCAACAUCAUUGCCCAUGAUCACUUGCAGGGCAGUGCAGGCAGCGCUGAAGCCACCAAGGCAAGUGCUAAACCCCAAAAUGGAAAACUGCUCAACUUGAACAAAAACAUGCCAGAAUUCUCCAUGAUGGCCGAUGAACCGGUUCUUUCAUUAUCUGAAGAAGAUCAACAGAACAUUGAACGACUGAAUGAUUUGGCUAAAAAGCUGGACAGUGCCGAUGUAUCAUCACCAAGCAAUUCCUGGAAAGAUCCAAACAAUUCUGCGGAUGCUUUAGAAGCGUUCAGCAAGUUGACGCCGUCUACAGUUCGAGAUGCGGUCUGUCUGCCUGAUCAACUGCGACUUUACGGUUAUCGGG